AUGAACAAGUUCAAAAAACAAGAGCGUGAUGGCAAGGCAUUUGCAGACAUUGAUGAUGCAGAGUUAGGGAAAGCUCUUUUAGAGAGCAGUACGGAUACAGAUACAGACACAGACACAAGCAGCUCAACCACUUCGACGAACUCACGUAAUUGGUGGUAUAGAUGGUACAAGGCUAUCAUCGGAUUCUCAGCACUACUAUGCGCGACCAACCUCCUUACGUUUUGGAUCACAGCAUCGGCAAGACCACAAUGCCAAACUACAGAGUCAGUGGCAGAGCCUCCAAGCUUGACGCCAAUGCUUCGAGACUUGAAUCUCAAGACAAUACAUGUCAAGUUUGAUUCAACAUUCUAUAGCCAGGGGAGCCGCUAUCGUAAGCCCCCAUCGCCAGAGACCGAUGCUGCGUGGAACUAUGCAGGCGCCAACUUUGGGUACAUCCUCGUCCCUGAGGAACAAGCAAGCGAAUCAGAUUUGACAACAAAUAACAUUCAUUUUGCCGGUGGCGCUGAUCAAGCCUAUAUGAAAGGCUAUCCUGCCAAUGUUGAAGUAUUUCAUCAGAUACACUGCUUGAAUCUCAUUCGCAAGGCGACGUGGUAUAAUCAUGACUACUAUCGAAAGCUCGGAGCGGACGAGUUUCGGCACCCAGACAAAACCCUGUCUGUCCAUGUUGAUAGUCUACGCCAGCGACUCAUGUGCACCGCCGACGUUGGGCUGGUCCCCUUCUUCUGGGUUGGCGAUGACGGCGGAACAGAUCCUGAAUUCAGUCGGACGCACACCUGCCGCGAUUUCGAGACCCUACAUGGUUGGAUGAGGGAGCACAUGGUUACUCCGGACUCUAAUCGCACUCUACUUCCCAGGCCGGGAGAUUACAGAGUGGAUAGUUGGCACUGA